AUGGCCGGGUCGGGCGAUCGAAGUACCUCACGCGAGGCAAGGGUGCCAACAUUGGGCCUGGCGCUUUCCCGCCAAGCCGAUGGACCUUUGGCUUCGUCCAACAUACGACGUCAGCCACUCUCUCCCCCUCUACUACCGGCCGCGUCUGCAGGCUCAGCAGCCGCCUCCUUACCCCCGCCACCUCCGACUCGACUCCACUCGUACCAUCACCCCAUCGCCGCAUCCUACGCAUCCAGCAGCAACAGCAGCAGCAGCAGCAGCAGCUAUUUUGACCGCAGUCGACAGCCUCCACCGCCGUUGUGGAAAGAGCAACGUUCGCCUCCCCUCGAAGAUCGAACGUCCGAAAGCGCAGUAUCGCCCUCGUUUUCGCGCGUGUUACCACCUCUGUUGAGUUCAAAUUCAAGCAGCAACGUCUUUCAGCUGCCUUCCAUGUCCGCCAGCCUACCAUCCUCCGCGUCCUGGCAUGGGGCCUCCAACGGAGCCAACGUUGCCCCGUCCUUGUUCCGAGGCGCAGCGCAAGGCACCGAGCCGCGCAGGCCAGGCCACAAUUCCAAGCUCUUGUCGCUCUCUGGUCAGUUUAGCGACUUUCCUGGUCCAAGCAGACCUCUCUUGGCCGAAGCUGCGCCUGCUGGAAUGACCUCUCCCGGUAGCGACGAGGCCUCGCCGGCCGGUCGUAAACCGGUGAAAGCGCAUGUACCCUCGGCCUGCCUCAAUUGCAAACGUGCGCAUUUGGCGUGCGACGUGGGCCGGCCGUGUCGCCGCUGCGUCAACCUAGGCAAGAGCGACACAUGCAUCGAUGUUCAACACAAGAAGCGCGGUCGCCCGCGUCUCAAGGACCGCCCUUCGUCACAGGCGGGUAUGACCACGCUGCAGUCGCUCGAGGGCAAGAGCGACAACUCUGGCUCGCCCGCUUCCGCAUCGUACGCACGUCAAUCUCCCAGCUCCGAGUCUGGAUAUUUCCGUUCGCCAUCGCGCGCUAAUGAGCUCUUGUCGCCCCCGUCGCUCUCUUCGAGCACGGUGAUGCACGUGUCCGGCCGCACGCACGGUGCCGGGGCGCACCCACGCAGCGCCUCCAACUCGGUCUCUGCUUCGAGCUACCCUUACUCGCGACCGGAUCAUGUCCAUUACCCCGUGGAUGUUUCUGGCAGCCAUGGAGUUGGUCAUCCGACCCCUUCUUGGUCGUCACAGCAGUCUGGAUCGCAUGCGUUCGGUGCUGCUCCCCCGGUGUCUGGACGACACCACUCGCACUCGAUUUCGUACGAGCAGCAGUAUCACCCGCAAGCGUACCAGCGGUCCCCGCCGCAGCGGCAGCUGCAACAGGCACCAUUUCGACACGCGCCAUACGGUGCGCAGCAGUCGCCUGGUCCACACGCGGCGGCGUCCGAACUUGACACUUCGGACGGUGCGGUGUCGGCAGUUGUGACCAUUAUCUGCUCGACCAACCUGCAGUGCGCUCGCAUCUCGGAAGAGUGCAUGGCGCUACUCGGUUAUCAACCGACCGAGCUGAACGAGCGAUCGCUGUUUGAGCUCGUACACCCAUCCGAAGCGGGUCGUUUGCAAGAAAUUUGGAGCUCGCUGAUUGACCCGGUAGGCGUGAUCCCGCAAGCGGUACCGGCUGCUGCCGACGUGGUACGGAGCACACCUGCGGCCCGGCUCAUGGCACCAGCAGCAGGCACAAUCUUUGUGCAGGAGGACAUGCGUUUGAGACAGCGCAACGGGAUGUAUGACUUCUACAGCGUGCGACUGCACCUGGGAGGCGGCUUUGGUGUGGAUUUGUACCGAAGGGAGACGCUGGAUCGUGCUUACAUUGUUGCGAGCCUGCUCAAAUUGGGUAACGAUGCAGUGCACCCUGACCCGGCCGUGUUGCGCUCGCCUUACUUGCACGAUACCAGCCAGGCUGCUCAAGGUUUUCGUACUCCCUCUACUCCCUCAGCGACCGCACGAGCUGCACAGCCUGCGGAGCAACAGCAACGGCGUCAGCGUUCUGAAUCGGUCCACCUGCAGAGGCCUACGCAUCUCGAGAGCAACAUGCGCAGGAAUAAUGCACCACCAUCGCAGCACAAGAUGGAGACGGCCAACGUGUCCCGAGGCGUCAAGCGCAACAGUGCCGAGAUGGAUCAAGACGAGCCAGCCACGUCGUCUGGCGCAGCACCUCCUCUCAACGCAUCGUAUGCCAAAGAGGGCGGUGCCAACACUUCUUUGUAUGGCAGCGCAUCCAAAGGUGCUACUUUAUCACCGCCUCCCGCGACACGAUCAAUGCUUACCGAGCGCCCGCGCGGCUCCACGAGCCGUGACGGCAUCUUGUGCUGA